AUGGCUCCCCAGCAGAAACAGCGGAAAAUGGCCGUCGUCGGGAGUCGAUCAGUCGGUACGCCCAGCAAUCAUCAUGCGCUCACCACUAUCCCUCUUCGCACAACCCACCCCUCACUCACUCCAACUCACACGAUUCGUUCACAGGCAAAUCCUCCCUCACCGUCCAGUACGUCGAUGGCCAUUUCGUGGAUUCCUACUACCCCACCAUCGAAAACACCUUUAGCAAAGUCAUCCGCCUGAAGAGCCAAGACUUUGCCGUCGAGAUCAUCGAUACCGCCGGCCAGGAUGAAUACACCAUCCUGAACAGCAAGCACUUUAUCGGGAUCCACGGAUACAUGAUCGUGUAUUCCGUCGGCUCCAAGCAGAGUUUUGAGAUGGUGAGGAUUAUACGCGAUAAGAUUCUGAAUCAUUUGGUACGUCUUCUCCCCCGCUCUCUCUCUCUCUCUCUCUCCCUCUCUCACCAAAGGGAAAGGGUUGUUUUAGAUUGGGGUUUUGUUGACCGCUCUGGUGUUUUAUUAGGGCGUAGAAACGGUCCCCAUAAUGAUCGUAGGCAAUAAAUCCGACCUGCGACCCGAACAGCGCGUCGUGCGCGCCGAAGACGGCAAGAAACUCGCCGAAGAACUGGGCUGCGCGUUCGUGGAAGCCUCGGCGCGGUACAACGAAAACGUCAACAAGGCUUUCGAGGGAAUGCUGGCGGAGAUCGAAAAGGGUCAAGAAGCGGGACAGCCCAAGGAGGGCAACACCAAGUGCGUCGUCAUGUAG